AUGAUUCGUUCAGAUUUGGAUCUGGUCCGCCCCGACCAAAUGUGUACUUGUUUGGGGCAGGACUCAUUAGAAUAAUACCCAGCAUGCUUUGUAAGUGUUUGUUUUUUACAUUUACAUUUUGGUCAUUCAGCAGACGCUCUUAUCCAGAGCGACUUACAGUCAGUGCAUUCAACUAAGGUAGAUAAACAACAUCAUAGCACAGUCAUAGCAAGAAUAGCAAGUUUUAAAGCUUUUGAAAAAGAUCACAUAAGUGCAUGUGACAAAAUACAUAUAAAUGCAAUCUUGAGUUGGCUCCUUUUUCAUAUAAUAAAGAGGCUUGAAAACGUAUUGUGAUAUAAUGCUUACUUCAUUGAGAAUGUAUAUGCAUAUGAAAGUUGGCCAUAGAAUCAAUGACUGAAAAAAUAAGUAUUUUCAACGUUGGUUAUUGACGUCUUUUCAACAUCUGGAAAAUACGUAUUUUCACCUUUAAUUCAGCACCAAAUAUGCACCCGAUUUCAACGCCCGGAGAAUACGUAUUUUCAACGUCCGGAAAAUACAUAUUUUCACCUUUCAUUCAGUACCUAGAUGUCAAAAAGACAUAUUUUCAAUGUCAUUUUGCUUACUGGGAUCUUACAUCCCUCCCUCCUCCUUUCCCUGCCCCAUAUCUCUCUCCAUUCCUACUUCUUUCUCUCUCCCUACCUCUCUCACUCCCACCCUCUUCCUUCGGCAUGUUUUCCCCUAGUAUGUUCCUAUGGUGAUGGACACUGACCUUUCGCCCUCUCAUCCCCAUGCAGGACUGUUACCAACAGCGGAACAGCAGACACUAGCACCACUCCAGCAAUAGACGCCUCAGACUCAGCUCAGCUUCCUAUUGGCUCGUUGGAUGUCGUGACAAUGACGGACAGAGGGGUGGGCCUAUCCAGCAACGGCAUGGAGGUGGAGAGAGGAUAUGCCUCUGACCUAUCACAGAGUAGUAAAAAUCUGAAUGAGGAAGACAAAGAAAUACUUGAGACCAAAAAUGACCUAUAG